AUGAUUGCCACCGAUAUGACCGAACCUCAAGAUUAUCCCUUUUUAUCUAAAUAUUUUAGUAGCAAAUCGGUUAACAUGCGACGUAUACAUCUUGGAACAUCAACAUCAACAAAUCCUAUAAUCCAGCUUAUUAAAUUAAAUCCCAACCUACUUAAAUACCCAAUUCGUUGCGUUGUGAAUAAUAUACACGAUAAGAUGACUUUGUUGUCAGAACAGGAGUGUCCUUCGAUACGAUGUAAAAUUGCAAUUGUGCCUUUGGCACAUCGAAAGAGCCAAUCGACUACAAUAUCACGACACCUUACCGAAACAACUUUAAUUGAAGUUGUUAAAUAUAUUGAAAGUGAUACAGAACCAUUUAAGAAGAAUUUCAAAAAAAAAAACCCGAAAACACGAACAAUUGAAUACGAAUUAGAAUUAUAUGAAAAUGAGCCUCUUGAAGAGUGCACAAAUGGCAUUCAACCUUCAAGCGUUUCUAGUGAGAGGGCAUUUUCAAGGGCUGGUUUUACGCUUACUAGCGAUAGAGCAAAUAUUAGUGAAAAAACUGUUUCUAGCACAAUACUUAUGAAUUUGUGGCUAGUAGAAAGCCAAAAUGAAUUUAGUCCUCUUAACGCUCUUCCGUAA